AUGGGUCAUCGGCAUUCAACCGCUCGUAAUGGCGAGUUUGCACAAUCUCUUCCAGGAUCAAUGAGACCGGUCCGCUCGAACGCAGGAUACUCGCCCAGGCAGGACAUAAAGCCGCAGGCUCCUCAGAACCUGUGGUCUCCGCCCCCUUACACGCCUCAGGAUGCAGUCAGACCGUCACCCAACGGUAUAAGCAACAGCAACAGUGUCGGUGAUGACAGAGGAGGGGGGGACUCGCCGUACGCAUUCCUCGCUGAGUUUGACACCGUCUUCCUGGUGGACGACAGCUCGAGCAUGCUCGGGCAGCGGUGGAAGGAAGCGGAAGCAGCUAUCGCGACGAUCGCGCCCAUCUGCACGCAGUACGACAGCGACGGGAUCGACAUCUUUUUCCUCAAUCACCGGCGGGCGAUCACGGCUACAAAUCCGACGGGCGCGUAUAUGAACGUGACGACUUCCGCAGACGUACAGGAGAUUUUCUACAGUGUGCAGCCUCGUGGCGCGACCCCCGUCGGCAACCGACUGCUGCAGAUCUUGAAGCCUUAUCUGCGACGCGUGGAGGCGAUGACAGCUGCGAGCGACGCAGAUGGUAACCUCAGCGACCCAUCGCUGUUUGUCAAGCCGCUGAAUAUCAUCGUUAUCACGGACGGGGUCUUCACUGACGACGCGGAGAGCGUUAUCGUCGACACAGCCCGACGGCUCGAUGGACCGCUGUGCCGCGCCGUGCCCUGGCAGGUGGGCAUUCAGUUCUUCCAGAUCGGUGACGACAAUGCGGCACGGGAGCACUUGCAGGAACUCGAUGAUGAACUCGGUCAAAAGACGCGCAAUGGGGGUUUACGAGAUAUCGUUGACACAGUGCCGUGGAGAGGGGAACGGGGACAGACUCUCAGUGCGGAGGGGAUCUUGAAAUGCGUCCUGGGGGCCGUGCAUAAGAAGUAUGAUAAACGAGAAGCGUUUCGUUGA